AGCUACGUCUGACAACAUGAUCGAGUGGGCACUGCCAAGCAGCUGGAUGUACGCGAGCAGUGACCUGCAAUUCUUAUUUUUUAGCUCAUACAUACGAGAUGUAAUACAUGCGUGAAAGUGACGACGAGCCGGUUCACCCGCUGUUUUCGACGUCUUAGAGAAAAUAUAAGUUUGCUAGCCUAGCCUUAGCUAGCUAAUGGAAGUGAAUAGUUAGCUAGCUUGAGGGUUGUUGGCUAGGUUAUGAUAGCAUCUCCUUUAUUACUAUGGCCCUUUGGCCAUCUGCAAAAUGUCACACCUGGUUGACCUGCACUGUACAACACAUUCCAAAUAAGAUAGAGGUUUUGUCUUUUUUUGUGGCUACAUAAGUGCAGCUGGUGUGUCUGAUACUAAUGUUAACUCGCAGAUUCCAUGUCGAACCAGGAGUCGUUUUACUGUUGCACGGACCUUUGAAACUAGCUAGCUAACGGUAUAGCUUUAGUGUUGCAGCUUGUAGACAAGUCAGUUGGUUAGAAGUCCUUGCUACUUCUAUUAACCCUUUGGAGCGACAACUUAACUCAUGACAAAACAGCUAUGACUGCCUGGAUGUCUGAAGCAGGAGAAUGAGUGGGAGCUUGGAAGUGAGAAGAUGCCACCAUCUUUCACCGAAGACUGUCCAGCUUAACCUAUCGAUUAGCUGACCAACAAUUGUUGGAGACGACUGGCAAGCACACAGAGUUAGUGAGAAGCUAUUGCUCUCGGCUUUACUGUCUCGUCCAGCUCUUUCGGUCCAUGGCUGCUGUUAGUGGUAUUAACAUGCUGUCUCAGGUUGGAGACGCGGCACUGUCAGGUCCAGGAGGAGCAGGGCUGCCGCCUGUGUCCUUUACCAACACGUCGGUGUCGGCAAGCCCAACGUCAGGGACUGAUAACCGGGGGUGCGAGAAUGGCGCCUUGAUGGACUCGUUUGGGAUUUUCCUGCAAGGACUUCUGGCUGUGGUGGCUUUCAGCACGCUGAUGUUAAAACGCUUCAGGGAGCCAAAACAUGAGAGGAGACCCUGGAGGAUCUGGUUCCUGGACACCUCAAAACAGGCCAUUGGGAUGCUGUUUAUCCACUUUGCUAAUGUCUACUUGUCUGACCUCACAGAGGAGGAUCCGUGCUCGCUAUAUCUCAUCAACUUCCUGUUGGAUGCUUCUCUGGGCAUGUUGUUGAUCUAUGCUGGGGUGAGAGCUGUCAGUGCUAUUGUAGAGUGGAGACAAUGGGACUCUCUGCGUUUUGGAGAAUACGGUGAGCCAGUGCAGUGCACAGCGUGGUUGGGCCAGUGUAUCCUCUACAUCCUCAUCAUGAUGUUUGAGAAGGUCCUUAUCAUGCUGGUCCUCCUCAUCCCCCAGUGGAAGAAGCUGGCUCUCCUCAACCCCAUAGAGAAUCCUGACCUGGAACUGGCUAUUGUCAUGCUCAUCGUUCCGUUCUUCAUCAACGCCCUCAUGUUCUGGGUGGUAGAUAAUUUCCUAAUGAAGAAACACAGGACAAAAGCAAAAGUGGAGGAGAGAGACGAGGACUCACGAGGGAACGGCAAGGUGCGCUAUAGACGAGCUCUGUCCCAUGAUGACUCUGAGUCAGAGAUCCUUUUCUCGGCAGACGAUGAAAUGGAUGAUUCAGAUGAAGACGAUGUUCGCCGGCUCACUGGCCUGAAGACGGUUAAGAAGAAGAAGCUUCGCAUGGGGAUCCCUGUUUGACCUGUGUGCAUAGCUAAAAUGUCAGAUUAAAUCUGGUAGCUGUUCUCCUUGCAGGCUCAGUUACAUUGCCCGUACCUCCGCAGACUCUGUCAGCCUUAGGAAUUGACGCAAUCUUUUCAAACAUAGGAUGCUCUUCGAUGACAGAAGAAUAUACUGUAAUUGAAUUCCCUUCACUGUUGACUCCUGGAGGACUUCUGCAUAAACUGUGUCUAACUUGGGAUAUAAUUUAACCCACUGGGAAAUAAUUAUGCAGGUACUUCAGAUCACUAAUGCAUUUUGACAUGGCACUCCUGGGAACAGUGUUGUGUCUAAAGACUUUUUUUGGAAAAACAGAAUCCCAUCAUAAACAUCUAUAUCAUGUAAUCCUUUAUGUACAUAUACUAGCAAAACAUUAACACUGGUUUGAUACAGUUUGGACUUCAGUGGCAGUGUGUAAUAGGGGUGUAGUGGUCCAGAAUAGGGUUGGUUGGACACAACAGAACCAAACAUCAUGCAAACAAAAGUGAGUUUGUUACAUUUUAUAGUCUAACAUGUCUUCUAAAGUGAUUGUAUUCCUGAUGUAGAUUCUCUGUAAACUUUGUCCUUUGUUUUCUCAUAUAGAUGUACCACCAUGGCCUGUGAUGCGUGUGUGUGAGGGUGUGUACAGUUGGACACAGUUCUCAUUUAGAGCAGCAUUACGUCAGUGUUUGAAUCACUACAUUGAUGCAACUCUGAUCUCUUUUCAGCACAAAUACACACUGAACUACUGCAUAUCUUGUAUGUAAUGUUACUCUUGUCAAAAGGAGCGCAUUAAUGGCUGCAGCAAGCUUUCAUUUUUAGCCCUUUUAACUGUUAAAGCUGUAUGACUACAACAUCCCUCUAAUAUCAGCUUAGCAUGUGAUGUCUGUCUGUAGACACAAGACUGCUGUCCCUCUUUGUUUGUGACUGUUUAACUGGUGCGCUCUGACUGUUCUUUGUCUUUGAAUGUCUUUCUUUUAAUUUUUUUUAAAUAUAGUUUUAAGUGUUGUUGUUUUUUCGGGCCAAAAAGGUGACUAUGCUUGUUCCAAAAAGUGUUCUUUAUUCUGUAAUUUCAACAGGGAGAGUAGAUAUGGGAACCAUUUCUCGCACAAUUUCCCAUUUAUCACAGCUUUCACCUAUCCUUUUGUGUUUGUUUUUUGAAUUGUUACAAUAAUGUGCCUGAGUGAAAUUACCAGCAGGUGUGUUUGUUUGUUUGUUUUUGUUUUGAUUUAGUUUUUUUUUUUUUAUUGUUUUAUUUAGAGCUCCAGAUGUUCAGGCAUGAAGCAGCAUUCAGCGGGCUCUGAUUAAGAAUGUGACAUGCAUAGACCUCUAAACUGUUAGGUGAUGGACCAGACAGACAGGUGUGUGUGUGUGCGUGUGUGUGUGUGUGUGCGUGUGUGUGUGCGCGUGCGCGUGCGCGAGCGCGCGCAAGUGUGUGCAAGCAAUUAUACAGUGUACCCACACGUACUGGCAUGUGUUCAAGUGUGCAUUGGUGUGACUGCUGGUCCUCUUUUAAAGUAAACGGAGAGUGACAUAUACUGUGACAAGCUUGGUGAUGAUUUCAUUAUAAUGUUUUUGGCAUGAUGGAAAGGAAUAAAUGAUGGUUUUGAAGGAAGAAAGUACAGCAUCUCGCAGCAGUCAUGGUAACCCAGCUCAGCCAGGACAAAGAGGGCUCUUAGUAUUUUGCAAGGGGAAUGGAGGUAUGUUAUCAUUCUAAAAGCUUUCCAAUAAAGGAUGUGAUACACUAUCGUGAUAUCUGA